AUGUGAACUGUUUGUGCUCCUGUAGGUGGCGCUGCAAUGCUCGGCGUAUCCCGGCUGAUUGGCUGUGCGCUGCGGCUGUCGGGCCGGGCCGGUGUUAUGGAGCGGGCAGUGGUUCGGGUUGUCCCCUCGGAGCCCAAGCUGAGUAUUUCCUUGAACCUGUUCGGCUCUCAGCGGCAGCUCCAGCGGGAUCAGACUGAGCCGGUGGGGAAGGCUUUGGCCCGAAUCUCCGCCAGCGCUGUCAAGAGUAAGAAGCGGAAGGAUCCGGUCCCGGGGCCCCCGGUGCAUCUCUUCUAUCGGGGACAGCCGGUGCCCGAGGGGCUCCCGAACUCGGAGGCGUGGCAGGACGGGGCCGAGCUGGUGGUGGAGCGGGUGACGUACCGGGUGGAGCGGAACCCCCCGACGUGUCUUGAACUGGAGCUUCCCCGGCACGUCAUGGCCGGCUUCCCGCUCUGCCCCCGGGUCCCGAUGGAGUUCGCCGAUCCCGAUCGCUCCCUCUUCGUCUGGUACAAACAGGCCCGAGCCGGGGACUCUCCUGACAGACAGGCCGGCCCGGAGUGGGAGGAAGCCGGCCGUAAUAGGGUGUUCUCCCCGGAGGUCGGAGACAUUGGCCUGAGACUGAAGCUGAUCUGCACCCCGGGGGAUGGAGAGCGGUUCGGAGAGAGCCGGGAGGUGGAGGUGGGCGGUCCGGUGGAGGCCGGUCCCGGGGCCUGUACGUUCGAUGAGCGGCACUUGUACACGGAGAGGCCGGCGGAGGCUCCGGUGACCCGGGUUGUGUCUUACAACGUGCUGGCCGAUGUGUACGCCCAGACCGAGCAUGCCCGCACCGUGCUCUUCCCCUACUGCGCCCCCUACGCCUUGGAGCUUCAUUACCGUCACUGCCUCCUCCAUAAGGAGCUCACCGGGUACCGGGCCGACCUGGUCUGCCUGCAGGAGGUGGACCGGACCGCCUUCCCCGACACCCUGUGCCCGACCAUGGAGGCCUUCGGUCUGGACGGAGUCUUCCGCCUGAAGGACAAACAACACGAGGGCCUGGCCACCUUCUACCGCCGCAGCCGAUACCGGCUGUGCAGCCAACAUGACAUCCUACUGGGGAAGGCGCUCACCGAGGACCCCAUACACCGACCAUUACUGGACCGUCUGUCCCCGUACUCCGCCGCCAUGGAGAAGGUCCUACAGAGGUCCUCUGCACUACAGGUGACGGUUCUUGAAUCUACAGCAGACCCAUCUAAGAAAAUUUGUCUUGCCAACACACAUCUUUAUUUUCACCCCAACGGAGGCAACAUUCGUCUGAUACAAAUGGCUGUGGCUCUAGCCCAUGUAAAACAUGUGGCCUAUGAACUUUACCCCGGCAUUCCCAUCAUAUUCUGUGGGGAUUUUAAUAGCACGCCUUCUACCGGUAUGAACAGCUUUGUGAAAGAUGGGACCAUCUCAGAAGACCACCCUGACUGGAUGUCCAAUGGGGAGGAGGAACGCUGUAAUAUGUCUCUUAGCCACCCUCUAAAACUGAAGAGUGCUUGUGGGGAGCCCGCUUACACCAAUUAUGUAGGGGGCUUCCAUGGCUGCCUAGAUUAUAUAUUUAUUGACUCUGAUAGUUUAGAAGUAGAACAAGUCAUUCCAAUGCCAAGUCAUGAAGAAGUCACCAGCCAUCAGGCCUUGCCCAGUGUAUCACACCCCUCUGAUCAUAUAGCACUAGUGUGCGAUAUCAAAUGGAAAUAGGGCAGUUUGAUAGAGGCAACAUAGAAUAUUUUUAUGCUGCAAUAACCAUCAUAAAAUAUCUUCAGCACA